AUGAACCCCUUCACCACCCCCCUCAUAACCCCCACCGAAUACCACAAUGCCACCUCCAACCCCACUGCCAACUCCCGCAGAAUCAUCCCCCUAGCAGCCUACCGUCCCACCCUCCACGCCUCCUUCGAAUCCCACCACCUCCCAAACUCAAAAUUCUUUCCCCUCCACCAAAUCCCCCCCCUCACCAACCCCCCCACCACCAGCAGCCUCAAACACUUCACCAACACAAUGACCGCCCUCGACAUCCACAAAUCCGAUAUACUAGUCAUCUACGACGCCGAGGAAAUAGGCACGUACCAUGCGCCUCGACUGGCAUUUAUAUGUGAAUUCUUUGGACAUAGAAAUGUGCAUGUUUUGAAUAAUUUCAAGUUGUGGGUGGGGGUGGGGUUUCCUUUGGGGGUUGGGGGGGUGGAUAUGGAUAUUACUUGUUUUGAUAUUGGUAGUGGUGUUGCCGGGGGAUAUAUUGUUCCAGAAGAGGAGAUUACUUCCCACCGGGUGAUAUCCUUCAACGAAGUCAAAGAUAUAGUCACCCAAGGAAACACAAACACCGGGAGAAAAGUGCAGAUUUUAGAUUCCCGCCCCGCGGGACGAUUCCGUGGCGUGGAGAAUGAAACGGAUGCUUCGUUACGGUCGGGACAUAUUCCCGGGGCGGUGAAUGUGCCGUUGAAGAGCUUGUUGGGUGGGGAUGAGGGGGUGAUUUUAUCGACGGAGGAGUUGAGGAAGGUGUUGGUGGAUGCGGGGGCGUUGGGGGAUGCAGAGGUGGAGUAUAUCCUGACGUGUAAUUCGGGGGUUACGGCCGCGGCGCUGGAUUUGGCGUUGAGGUUGGUGGGAGUGAAGGGGGGGAGGAGGCUGUAUGAUGGGAGUUGGAUGGAGUGGACGAGACGAGUGGGGGAUGAGUUGAUUGAGGUGGAUACUUAG